UCGAUUCCAAGAACGAUUCUUCGAGCAGUAUGAAAAAUCUUGCUCCUGAUCCUUUUCUAAUCGCAUACGGAAAUAAAUAUGUAGAAUUGAAAAUCACGAAGGACACAAUAAGUAUGUAUCGAGAUAGCUUUCUGGAGAAGAAAAAGAUACUGGAGGAAGAAAAACGAGAGCUGGAGAAAUUAAAUUAUCAAGUGUGGUCGCUGGAAGACUCAUUAUGCGAACAGAUAUGGCGAUUCUCACAUGAACAUGAUUUUGCUGUUAUCUUUCAAUAUCAUCCUUUUCUUACAAAUUGUGCAAAGCCAAGGAGUAACUGUAAAGAUGAUACGAAAAAGAGCUCCGAGCUGAUUGAUCUCAUAAAUGAAAUCGAUGCUAUCAAAGCAGAAAUGAUUGAUCUUAAUCAAGGAAAGAAUAUUAAACGAGAAGUGGAGAGCGCUUUAACAAAAUUACGAAAGUUGCAAUUAAUCUCGGACGAUGUCACGGAAUUAUUGAAAUUGAUAUGUUCUUCGCAAUCUUCGUACAAACUUGAAACGAUAUCGAUGCCGAUAUAUGAUGAAAUAAUUUCUAAUAAUGGAAAUAAAGUCAAACGACGCAAGAAUGGUUCAGAUUGCGCAAAACAAAUGAAAAACGACAGAUCGAAUUUUAUGCCUAAGAAGAAAUUAGUAUUUACGAUUCCUAAGAAUUAUCCCGAAUUGUCGCUUGAGAGAAGUAUCAUAUUUACUGCGAACACAAUAAUCACGAACACAUCUAUAGAAUCUAUAAGCAACAAGAAAUCCAAAAAUUUUACUCUCAAGAAACGCAGCGAGAUUUCUAUCAAGUUUCAACAAUAUCACAAGCAUAAGUAUUAAUUAUAACUGAUUUCGA